ACUAAAAGGAGCCCCCUGUUUUGCCCUCUAUAUAUUUAUCCCAUCCCUUUGCUCUAAUCUCUUGUAUGCUAUAAUUUCUUUCUAAGUCUUUUUGAAUUCUAAGGUUUUUUGAGAGACGCAAAGAUACCGAGCUUAGCAAAAUUUCUAAUGGCGGUUGCGGUUGAAGAGGGAACAAAGAAAACAACGGUAGCUGAGGCUCCUAAAGACGUGCCUGAGGAGAAGGCAGUGAACCCAACUGUUGAAGAGAAGGCUGAUGGCUCCAAGGCUCUUGUUGUUGUUGAGAAGGUUGCAGAACUUCCAGCAGAGAAGAAAUCAUCUGCUUCAGCUGAUAGAGAUGCUAUCCUUGCAAGGGUUGAAAAUGAAAAGAGAAUGUCUUUGAUCAAGGCAUGGGAAGAAAAUGAAAAGGCCAAAGCUGAGAACAAGGCAAUUAAGAACAAGUCAUCCACUACCGCGUGGGAAAACUCGAAGAAGGCAUCCAUUGAAGCUGAUUUGAGGAAGGCUGAGGAAAAGCUAGAGAAGAAGAAGGCCGAGUACGCUGAGAAGAAGAAGAACAGGCUUGCAUUGCUCCACAAGGCAGCAGAAGACAAGAGAGCCAUGAUCGAAGCAAAACGGGGUGAAGACGUCCUCAAAGCCGAGGAAACGGCUGCAAAAUUCCGGGCAACCGGACUUGCACCGACAAAGAUCUUCGGCUGCUUUGGUCCUUGAAAUUGUUUGAAGAUCAAUUAACUUUGAGGGAGGAUUUUUUUUAUUAGUUGGUUUUGUUUUGUUUUGUUCUGUUCUGUUCAGGUGUUGGAUUGGAAUUUGUUGUUCUUGUAUAUAUCCAUGUUAACUUACAAGGACAAAAGGGUUUGGUGAUGUAUAAUUUUAUGUUUUUUUUUCCCCUUUUUUGUUUGGUGAUAUGAAAGACGUUGGUUAUUGUAUUAAUUUCAGUAAGGCAUUUAAUUGUUCUUUAGCAUGA